AUGAAGCUGGGAAUAGCAGUGGGGUACCUAAUUGUCGAUAGGUUACUAUCCCUGGCGGGACAGAUCGCAUGCCAGAGUUUCCCACCAGAGUUCCGGUUCGGAGUGGCCACCUCCUCCUACCAAAUAGAGGGGGCAUGGAAUAAAAAAAUUAAGGGUGAAAAUAUCUGGGACCACUUGCUCCACACCAGGCCGGAGUUCGUGGCCGACCGGAGUAAUGGUGACGUGGCUUGUGACUCCUACCAUCUCUGGGAACAGGACCUCGACCUCAUUGCGGAGAUGGGAGUGGAUUUCUACAGAUUCUCCAUAAAUUGGCCUCGGCUCCUUCCAAACGGGUUCGCUAACAAGAUCAGCGCGGACGGUCGGCGCUACUACGGGGAUUUAAUCUCCGGACUGCGCGCGCGUGGCAUCGCGCCUGUAGUUACGCUGUACCAUUGGGAACUACCGCAAAGCCUGCAGGACCUUGGUGGCUGGGCAAACCCCCUGUCGGUGGAAUGGUUCGCGGACUACGCCCGUGUGGUCUUCAGCCUGUACGCGGACCAAGUGGAUACCUGGCUCACCAUUAAUGAGGCUAUCUACGUGUGUGAACCUUCUUACAGAGACAUUGUAGCCCCAGGACUUGUGAACGAGGUGGGGGCGCUGCUGUGCUCGAAGUACAUCUUACUGGCGCACGCCGCGGCAUACAGGAUUUAUGAAGAGGAGUUCAAACCUAAAUAUGGCGGUGAAGUGUCCAUUGCCAACCACGAGUUCUGGUUCGAGCCAAAAACUGAUGAAGACCUGGAUAUAACAGUGUUGGCCAGAGACUACGCGUUCACCCGUUUCUCCUACCCCAUAUAUUCCGCUGAAGGGGGCUGGCCGCCGCUGCUGGAAGCAUUUAUGGAGGAAAAGAGUAAAUCGGAGGGAUACCCCCGGUCCAAACUGCCGGCGUUUACUCCUGAAGAAAUCGAGCUGGUGAAAGGUUCCUACGACUUUUUCGGCUUAAACCACUAUAGUUCGAGGACGGUUCGAGCUGCGUUGCCUGGCGAAGAAUAUGGGGCUUUUUCAGCGGACGGCUUCGAUGAAAUCGGUGCUAUACUCGAGAGUAGACCUGAGUGGGCAUCUGAAUCUGGACAGGAUUGGCUUACAGUACACCCAGAAGGUAUUAGAAACUUGCUGAACCGGAUCAAACAACAGUAUGGAGACAUAAAGAUCAUGAUCACAGAAAAUGGAUUCACUGAUCUUGAUGGUGACUUGAAUGACAUUGGACGAAUCGAGUACUUUGAAAGCUAUUUAGAACAGGUGCUGCUGGCAAUAAACGGAGACAAAGUGAACGUGGUGGGAUACACAGCGUGGUCGCUCCUUGACAACUUCGAGUGGACUUCUGGCUAUCAGUCACACUUUGGCAUGCACGCGGUAGAUUUCUCGGACCCCCGGCGCCCGCGCACCCCCAAAGCAUCGGCGCGGUACUUCAAGAGCGUCGCGCGCGCAAGAUCUUUGGACGUAGGGAAUUUUACCGCGGCGAACUAA